ACGAACUAGGGAAGAGGCCCUCCUGAAGCUGGCCGAAAUUGUUUUCUGCGGUUUUAGGGUUUGUGAGGUAAACGAUGGCGACGAACCUCGACCAGGCAAUAGAAAGCAAGGCUAUGGGUUUUGGCGAAUGCCUUUCUUCUCCCUUGCCGCCUCCCCCUAAAAAAGCUAGGGUUGAAAACGAAGCUGAUGAAUUGGAAGUAGCCUACAAGAAGUUCGCAGAAGAGUUUGAACAAAGCGAGGGGUUUGAUAUCCAAACUUUUCCGGAUGUCACUAAAUUUAUUGGUGGAAUGAUAAAGGUCCCUUUUGAUCUUGAAGAGAUAUAUUCUGCCGACUUUUGCACUGAAUUAUUUUACAAAUUUGGAUGCAUUUUCUCCCUCAAAUAUGCUAUUUUCAAAGAGAACCAAAAACAGAAAAAGAAACUCGUCUUGGAUAAGAUUAUCAAGUCAAAUUAUGAAUCAGGUGAUUUGUAUUACACCACCUUCCUGGCUAAAGACCUAGAUACUGGAGAAACCAAAAUUUAUCAGACUAAAGUUUGGUUUCAUCUGAUUAACGCGGAAACCGAAGUUCUCAUAUUUAGAGAGAGAGCAGACCAAGCACUCCAACCGGGGGAGGACACACAGGGUGUUGAUAUGGAAAUCUUUCCAAACCUCCCAGCCCCAGGAGAUGCUCUUCGCUCGGCUAAUCUUGAUAUUAAUGCACGGGGUGAAGAUUCAUAUUAUCGGUGCUUGUGCUAUCUGUCCAUAAGAUUUGCACUAAGAACAAUGGAUGAGAGGGAGGUCUGUUUGUUUUGCCUUUUGACUAAUGAAUAAUAUAUGAUUGCAUUUUGCAACUUACGUUUACCCCCCUGUUUGUUUGGAAGCAAGGAAGGAAAAUGAGUGGAAAAAGGAAGGGAAAGAAAUAGGAAGGAUUUUUGAGUUUCCAUAGGUUGGUGUCGAUGAAAGGAAAAUAGAGAGGAAACAAAGAAAAGAAUUAUAUUUUUUGUUUGUUUAGAUGGAAAAGUGAAGAAAAGAAGACAUUAAAAGAAAAUGACAUUUUACGCGUUGUUACUAAGCACUUUGUUGUAUUUAUUAUAACAGCUAUAUUUAUUAUAACAUUCUUUCAAAAAAUAUAUAUAAGCAAGGCCUUUUAGUAUUUUGGAUUCUCUCUUUUCAAUAGAGUUUUCCCUCCAGUUUUGGAGGCAAAGGGAAAACGUGGGCCCAACUAGUUAUUAUAUUUCUUACCUCCACUUUUCCACUCUACGAAAGAAAGAAAAUUCCAAAUUUUCAUUCCUUCCAUCAUAGAUAAACUGGUAAUAUUGCCUUUUGUGUAUUAAUGUUUCCCUUAGUUUACACUUUGCUCAUUGCUACCAAUUUGUUCUCCCUUAGUUCGUGCCUCUUUGUCACUAAGUUGAUUUAUUUUGUAUGCGCUUCUUGAUGAAACAGCCUAUCUACUUUCGAGUAGGGGUAAGGGUGGCGUACAGUUAGCUGUCCCAACUUCCGUUGUUGUUGUUGUUGUUAGUAACUUGUGUUGAUGCAGAACAAAGAUCGCAUGCUUUGGAAGGUUACUGAGGGGUUUUAUGGGGCAGAUCUAUCAUUUCACACGACCUUCAUUGUGAGAGAUAUGGAUAUGGAUGAUGAGGACAAAACGUACAAGAUAGAGGUGCAUUUCAAUACAAUGAGUGGCGAACUGGAGCUGCGGGGAUUUGAAGCGAUUGUGAAGAAUGCCUAAAUCAGGUUAUUUUUUUCAGUUUAUUUCUUUAUGCUCACAAAUUUAUUGGCCAUUUAUGCAUAAUAAAGUAAAACCCAAGGCAGCUGGCACAAGCCCCCUAGUGUUGCCACCUAAGCCACAAGAGUGCGCUUGCGCCACACCCACCCCCAUAAUGUGCUACCCCCAUCAAAGUGAUAGCCUCUCACAAUUGAAAUCAUACCGCAGUGUAAAGAGGUUCCAAAUGUUUAAGCAACAAGGGCAGGACAGGUCCUGGGU